AUCCAUGGUCCAAGCCGGUGGUGGACAGAAUGCAAAUCACGGAGGAAUUCGCUAGCGCUCUGAAAUCGUUAGGACCCUGGUGGGUAUGAUUUCACCGGUGAGCACCGUGCCAGAUUUUCCUCCAAUUUUCACCUUUAGUCUGUGGGUGGCUGUGAUUCAAGUCUGACCUAACCCGGUAGAAUCGUUCGGUGACGUGACGACGUGAAAAGUCUCCUCAAGUGAACAGAAGCUUCAACAUCAAGUGGUUUGCUCUUGGUUCGCCCAUAAACGGCAGAAGAAGGAAAACAAAGUGCAAAGAAUUUCAGGAAGGAAUUUGCGCUGCCACCGUUUCGAAGACGAAGAGAGAGCGUUCUGUGCUGUUGUUUUUGUAGUUGUGGACCAACGACGGCGGUGUCGCGAUAGUGCGCGGUCUGAUCUGGUGGGCGAGAAAUUUUCACGUAGACCACUGCGCAGAGAGGCUGUGAUUUUUGUGCGGAAAAGGUUUUUCUUCGUUAGUGGAAUUUCAAUUUCAAGUGAAUAAGGUACGCAUUUGAAACGAAGAGAAAUGUCUGAUCUGGAGGAAAUCGGUGAUAUGAGCAAUUUCGAUGCCUGGCUGGAAAAGGAUUUUCUGAGUAAAAUCAGCCGGCUGGAGACGGAAUGUGAAGACUCGAGGGAGAAGAUCAAAACGUUGGACAAGGAUCUGAAGAAGAAGACCAUUGAAUGUGAUAUUUUGCGGGCAAAGGUAGGCAAGUUGGAAACAGUGCCGUCGAACAAUGCAGCAUCCACCGAGAAGAUUGAGAUUUUGGAGAAGGAGCUCAAGAGGAAAACAAUGGAGCUCGACAUUCUUCGAUCGAAGUUAUCCAAUGCGGAAGCGAAACCAGAGGGAUCGCAAGACAUGGCUGAAAGGGUGAAACAGUUGGAGAAGGAGUUGAAAAAGAGGAUAAUCGAGAAUGGAAUUCUGAGAGGAAAGCUUACGGAUAUGGAUUCAGAACCCCCUACUCCAGAGGCUCAGGAGAAAGUUGACGAGCUGAUUCGAGGACUUCAACGGACUGAAAGCGUUGUGCUGAAAGAGAAAGUUAAGGAGUUGGAGGGUGAUCAUGAGGCAUCGGAAAGAACCGGCGAACUUGAACGUGAAUUAAAGAAAAAGAAUAUCGAGAGCGACAUUUUAAGAUCCAAAUUGAAACAAUUUGAAAUCACACCUGCAUCAAAUCAAGAGUCGAGUGAUAAAAUCAGAGAUUUGGAGAAACUUGUUAGGAAGUAUCAGAUUGAAGCUGAUAUUUUGAGAGCAAAGGUGAGCUCUAUGGAAAGUGAUGCCGCCAACAAAGAUGAUGAAGAUUCGAAUGAACGGAUUGAAGAUCUGGAAAAGGGUCUCCAGAGGAGCACAACAGAAGGAAACAUGCUUAGAGCAAAGAUGCGAAUGUUUGAAAGUGAAUCCAGUGCCGCACAAGAUUCGAAGAAUGAGAAAAUUGAAGAGUUGCAGCGUGGAUUGAAAAAAAGCACAACAGAAAGUACCAUUUUGCGAUCAAAACUGAACGAGUUGGAGAACAAACAAACGGCGUCUGGCGCAAGUUCGUAUAAAAUUGAACAGCUGGAAGCUGAGCUUAAGAAAAAGAACAUUGAAAACGAUAUCCUGAGAUCCAAAGUGGAACAAUUGGAACGCGUUCCUCUGGCGGACAGCCCAGCGAAUGCAAAAGUUGAAGAACUUCAGAAAGAGGUUCGUAAGCUAAAGAUCGAAAACGAUAUUCUGCGAUCGAAGCUCAAUCAUGCCGAAGAGGAACCCACAGAGUCACAAGAAUCCACCGAUCGUAUCAGUGAGCUCGAAAAUGCAUUGAAGAAACGCAUUAUCGAAAGUGAUAUUCUAAGGGCCAAGGUGACUCAGUUGGAGUGUGAGCUUUCGCCAACCAAGAAUUCAGGAGAGCGUAUUGAAGACUUGGAAAGCGAACUCAAGAAAAAGAUCCUGGAAAAUGAUAUUCUCAAGUCCAAGGUCACGCAACUGGAAGGAGAAGUACUGGCCAGUCAAUCCAACGGAAAGAAGGGCGAAUCACAGGAACUGAAGAAACUGAAGGAGAAGCACGAAGAAGUGCUGAACAAAGCCAAGGAGCUGCUGUUUGAACGUACGAAAACGGUCAAAACUCAGGAGAUGCAGAUCAAGGCCCUGCAGAAUCAGAUCGAAAACAUCAAGGAAGUCGUUACCGUCACCAAGGACAUGCUGAACAUUCGAAAUAUGGAGCACGAGCAGCUGCAGACCCGCUUCGAGAACAUCGACAGCAAAAUGAAGGCCGAAAGGGAGCGGCAAACGCUGCUCGAGAAGAAACUGGCCGCCUCCCAGAAGCUGUACAACGAUUUAAGGGACGAGUACACCAAGCAGGUGGAUCUCUUCAAGGCCUCUCCCGCUUGUUCCUCUUCCAGGACAUCCAAAAGUGCUACACCGAAAAGAUCGAGCUCAUCAAAGAGGAAGUCGAGCAGGUCCGGAACGGACGGAAGUAAAGGCCAUAACAGUAAUAGCAACAGCAGCAACAACAACAACAGCCCUCCCACAAACAUCAACAGCAGCAGCGUCCUCCAUCCCGACGAAAUACGGCCGGGCAGCAGUUUUACCUUCCGAGAAAAUUCCGAUCCCGGUGAUGCCGAAACACAAACCGGGUCCCACCACUGCUGCCGGACAUCGUAGGCGAGGCGGGGCCAUUAGUUUUUAUUCGCAUUCUCGCAUAAAAGUCAUAUUUCAAACCAUCAUCAUGAGGUGAACUAGAGCAUGUUACGCUAGGACGUGCAUAUGGGGCUCGUGUGUGCCGAUAAGAGGGUGGGACAGAUUCUCGGUAUUCGCUAGGGCAGAUUUUUCGGGUUGAAUUUGGGGAUUGUUUUAACCUUUUGUUUUCAGAUUUACCUAUAUGUCGCCGUCCUCAAUAUCGAUUUAAUUUUCAUUUCUUCAAUAGUUACUGUUAGUGAGAUGUUGUACUGAGUAAUCAAUAAAUUCUUCCCUAUCAUCAUUCGAAUGCUUGCAGAACUGUGAUUAAAUUUAAUCAAACCCAAAAAAUUCACUACGGAUGUCUAAAUCGAGCCUCACCCUAACUUGCGCGCACACGUACAUGUCGUUGGCCUACGCCGUAAACAAGAUAUCCAUUUUAUCUCGCCUGUCGUUGAUGAGGGAGAACUACACUGCGCUGUCCCAGAAUUAGGGGGGGUAAGAUUAAAUAAACAGAAAGACUACAAAUGUGCGAGUAAAUGCUUUAACGGAGGAUUGAGUUACUUUUGGUGUGAAGAAGCAAAACCUACAAAUAACGGCGUAAUAUGGAUUGUAGAUGAGCUUGAAAUAUGAUCAACAUUGUUAGGCCAGUCACACGAGAAAAGAUGGAGUGAGGUUUAGUUCAUAGAAAAAACAAAUCGAUCGUAGAAGCAGGUGUGCGUUGUUUCAGAUGUGACUAUUUAUUGGAACCAUAAUCCCUGAGCCUACCGACAGGAUAACGACAAGAAUAAAUUUAGUAAUUAGUAAAAUGACAUGUAAGCUAUUCCCAAUAUCUAAAAAAUAAUGUACUGCAGAGUUGACGUCAACUUGAUUUAUUUUACACUAUCUCUCGAUUGCAUUCAGCUGAAUAAUGAGAAAUAAAAAUUA